AUGGAUUUUUCGAACCCCGAAAGAAAUCCAAAUGCGCCGUUACGCCUGCUAUCGUUGGACGGAGGGGGUGUACGAGGACUAUCGUCGUUGCUGGUACUUGAGAACCUAAUGGAGAAUAUAGCUUUGGAGGAGAAGAGACUAGGAAGGAGAGCAAUGAACGACCACGAACCGCUCAAACCAUGUGACUACUUCGAUCUUAUUGGCGGAACGUCGACGGGUGGAAUCAUAGCUAUCAUGCUUUCGCGGUUACGACUCAACUGCAAAGACUGUAUUGCGGUGUACAGUAAACUAGCCGAGCAGAUAUUCAAGCACGACAGAUCGCUCAAGGCCUUUGGCAUGAAGAUCCCAACAGGAGCCAGUCGCUUCUCAGGCACCGUCCUUGCAAACGCCAUCAAGACUGCACUGAAAGAUCUAGGUUUCGAUCCAAACGAACUCAUGUGGGACGAAGCACUGUUUGAAGAGGUGGACGAAGCGAAUGAUUUACCCAGGGACAGCAUCUGGGCAGACGCAGCACCAGCCCCCCUCAUCACAGAGAGCCCAGUAGCCACACUCAAGAACUCAGAAUGCUCGCUAGCCUCCGGACCCCCCGAUAGCAUGGAUAGCACCAUAGCUCCGUCAACAUUGUACAGCGACAGUCCAUUUGGUCCUAGAAAACCGAUGCGAAGCGCAACCUGGAAACUGCACCACCGGCAAUCUGUCCACAGAAAAGCAAACGCAAAAGGCUGCCGCGGUUUUGUCCUCACGUCUCUCAAGAAUGCUCUAGGUCUCCCCAGAAUUCUCUCAACAUACGACCCCAACGACCGAACGACCCGUAUCUGGGAAGCCCUUCGCGCCACCUCUGCAGCACCAACCUUCUUCGAGGAAAUGCAAUUCGGCACACCAAAAGUCACCUAUCUAGAUGGUGGCGUAGGCUUCAACAACCCCUGCGCAGAAGUCGACUAUGCAGCAAAAGCCCUUUGGGAAGGCCGCUCAAUCGGCGUCAUAGUCUCCGUAGGAACAGGUCUACAAUCCAUACCCAGCGUAAAGAAAAUGGCAUCCUGGCUGCCCUUCGGCCUCGGAACAGACAUUUCCAUUGCAAGCGCCCUUACCGGAAUGGCCACAUCUACCGCCCGCGUCGACAACGAAAUGAAGCGCAUGUACAACAACAGCGACACAAAGUACUUCCGCUUCGACGUUGAUCGCGGGCUCGCAGACGUCAGUCUAGAGCAGUGGAUGAAGGAAGAUGAAAUGGCGUCCCUAACCGAACUCUACAUGAACGAUGGCGAGCAAAUCCGGUCGGCCAAGGACUUUGGUCAACGCAUGGCGAAACUCUCGGCGCUCCCGCCCAGAUUCGAAAUCAGCGCUAGUCACUUCCGGCUUGGAAUGACGGGACGUGGUUUAAUGGAUUCGUCGUUUCAACUCGCGCAGGUGGAUUUUAAAACGGGGAUGCCACUUGGUGUAAGCCCGCAUCUAGAAGACCUACCGAAGAUGUCACAAUACCGUGAUUUAUCGCCGAGUGGGGAAAGCGGUCUUGCGAUUGAUAAUGAGACGGGGAGGUUGAAGCGGGUUUACCCUGUUGCCGAGGAUCUGGAUCACGAUGGGCGACGCGAGGAAGCGGCAGUGUAUCAGUGUAUCAAGGCUGAUAAUGUUUGCCUCCGGACGAUCAAGACGGGGAUUCCGCAGGGGAAAUACAAGGUCCAGUUCCUCGUCUCGUUUCACAGCAGUUCGUAUACACCGCCUCGGGAUCUCGUCUUUAGCGUUGGGAAACCGUUUGAUCCGAAUACGUUCUCGCAACGGUAUGUUGAUGUCAAGAUUACGCCGGAUGUAGGCAGUGUGUUGUUGCAUCCGGAUGCUGUGAGGGUAAGGGUGGGGUCGAAGCGGUAUGAAGAGUUCAAGGGGAAAGGGUGGGUGGAGAUUGAGGGGGAUAUCGAGGUUAGUGUAGGGUUGGAUGGGGCGCUGGGGUUUAUCGUUAGUAAGAGGUUUGAAGAGGGCGUCUUUGUUGAUGGCUGGAGUUUUGGCGGCGUGAGGUUGGAGCCUGUUUUUGGGAGUGCGCCGGUGCGGAUAGAUAGUCCGCGGAUCUUGACAUGA